AUGUCGCUCCGCGCAAAGACCCUCAACGCCGCCGGUGUGGUUAUUGACGGCCGCGUGCGAGACCUAAACGAGCACCGCGCGUUGGAAUUCCCCCUCUUCUCUAGAGCCGUCGGCACCACAGCUGGAGGGGAGGUGUGCCAUCCGUCUGAGGUGAAUGUGCCUGUACGGUUGAACUCAGAUACUCAAGAGGUGUGGAUUCAGCCUGGGGACUAUAUUAUUGCGGAUUUGAAUGGGGUGGUUAGGCUGCCAGAGGAGUUGGCGGAGAGAGUUCUGGACGCUAUUCCGGGAAUUGUGGAGGCGGAUGAGAAGUGUGCGGAGGGAAUUAGGGGUGGGAGGACAGUGGAGGAAGUGUUCAAGGAGUUUCGGAGGCGGUAG